CCCUCCCGCGCGCGGCCCCGACACCCCCCGCGCGCCGCUAACUCGCUCCGGCUCGUGCGCACGCCUUCCGGACCUCCGAGCUGCCAGCAUCCCCGCCGCCUUCCCAGCCGCUCCGGCCGCACCAUGUCUUCGCCUCCCGAGGAGAAGCCAGAGACGAAAGCCGGACACCCGCCCGCUGUGAAAGCUGGUGGAAUGCGAAUCGUACAGAAACACCCACAUUCUGGAGACACCAAAGAAGAAAAAGACAAGGACGACGAGGAGUGGGAGGCCGAGCCCAGCCCGCCUAAACCCACCGUGUACAUCUCCGGAGUCAUCGCCCGGGGCGACAAGGACUUCCCCCCGGCGGCUGCCCAGGUGGCUCACCAGAAGCCCCACGCCUCCAUGGACAAGCACCCGUCCCAUAGGACCCAGCACAUCCAGCAGCCGCGCAAGUGACCGCGAGGGCCCAGCGCCCUCCCCAGCUGUGCCUGGUUCCCCACAUUUGGCAUUUCCCCAGCAAAGAGAACGGCAUUUUCUCCCCAACACCUUUCCAGUGGGAAAUCUAAGGCAAAGCAGCGCACCCUUCCUUCGCCUUACAUUUCCGAAUCGAAGCUACAAAUACACCCCAAACCUUGUUCCCAGGGAGUCCUGUUUGGUGAGGGGCCUGUGCCAUUAGAGAACCUACUGAGCCCUGAGCAAAGUGAAGUUGCUCAGAGUUUAGCUUUAGAACUAUUUCGCCAUUGACUAAAAGUCCUGCCUGUGGUCU